UCGUGCUGCAUCGUGCUGCAAGCAUCGGACCAGGUUGGGGAAGCAAAGCUGCGGUUGGUGUUUCUUUUGAAACUGUCGGUUUUUCACAACGCAGUAAUACCUUGCAGGAGCAGUGUGUGGGCAUCAUUCUGUGGGACAAUGUCUGUACUAGUCACUAAUCUUUAAGCGGGUGGAUUACGACCAGAGAUGGCUGCAUGCUGCAGGCAAGCAAAGAAACUUUAGUGAUAAAAAUGAAUCUUCAACGAACGUUUGACCUGGGCAUCCCCUUUUACGAGAGAGGUCUGAGUGGUUAAAGGAAAAAGUUUUUUCACUCACGAGAGAAGUUUGGAUAGACGCUGUCACACAAAGAUAAAGAGAAAGACAAUUUGCUCACGAGGCUUUCUUUUGGCUAUUGUUCUUGACAAUUAGUGCAUGGUUAGAUACUGAAGUUUCCUGGCAGAAGCUUCACAAAUUUGACUCAAGGGAAAAUUUCUUACAGUAGGUAAGACGUAGUUUGAGAAAAUCUGAGCGUGACGUGAAAGGCAAAGUGUAAGAGAAAAAGUGGUUCCCUGGUAACAAUGGGAGGGUGUGGAUCCAAACGGGAGGAACGCUCCUGUCUCCUCCAGUCUCUCCACGAGCACGAAUCGGGUAUUAACUGCAUGGCUAGCGAGGACAACUCUGUGUUGGCCACUGGCGGUGAAGACAAGACGGCGAGGAUCUGGUCCACCAAGACCGAGCUGUGCGAGUGCAUCGGCAUUCUGCGCGGCCACACCGACUACAUCAACUGCAUCAUCAUCGAGGACUGUUUCGUACUGACGGGUAGCGCCGACAAGACCAUCCGGAAGUGGGACGUGGGGACAUGUGACUGCCUGCUGGUGUUGACGGGUCACACCAGUGUCAUCUACCGCAUGAUCUGCACUGGGGACUUCGUCUUCAGUUCUUCCUACGACCGCACGGCGCGCUGCUGGGACUUCGACUCCGGCGAGUGUGUCCGGGUCUUUCGCGGCCACAAGCGGGUGUACCCCCUCAUCUUCAUCCCGGCUGACGAUGACGACCUAGAAGAAACGGACCCUGACGCCUCCAAGGAUUUGCUGAUCACGGGUGCGGACUUCACGGCCCGCACCUGGGACUUUGAGACAGGCCAGAUGCUGAGGACGUUCAAGGGACACAAGGGAGCUGUUACCUGCAUGUCCAUGGACCACUAUGGGAAACUGCUGUUCACCGGAAGCACGGACUUCACCAUCCGCAGCUGGCAUCUCUACAAGGGAACACCCAUUAAAAUCUUCGAGGGUCAUCAGGGAUCUGUCAUCUGCAUGCAGGUGGUGGGGAAGAUCCUGUACAGCGGGAGCUCCGAUCACACGGCCAGAGCCUGGGUCACGGAGUUUGGCGACUGCACCCGAAUAUACAAAGGACACAAACACACCAUCAGUGUCAUCAAAGUCUUUGAUGGUCUGGUGUUCACAGCAUGCGGGGAUGCGAUGUGCCGUGUGUAUGACACCAAAACUGGCGACUUGCUGCGUCAGUGUCCCGGCCACUCCAGCACCGUCACCGCCGUACAGCUUGUGGAAGGUCGGCUGUACACGUCGUCGUACGACGGGUGCCUGAAGGUGUGGGACGUGUCGGACCUCGGCAACGAAAAUGACCCCAACUUCAAGCUGAGGUACCCGGCCAAGGUGCAACCCGUGGACAGCAAAGACAAGGAUCAGACGAAGGAAAUUGAGAAGUUUGGGGGCGUGGGGAAGCUGGACAGCAACCAGAACCACAGCACUUCCGCGCAAGAGAAGAUAAUGAUCGAGUAAACUGAGUUCUCAGAAGACUAGGACGUGACGUCAGAAAGGACAGAACAGUCAGGUGUCACAAAUGUUGAUGAUGUACACUAUGAAAUUGUCUCUUAGCACAUUGAGCCCCGUGUGCGUGAGAGAGAGAGAGAGUGUGUCUGAGAGAAAGAGAGACUGUGUGCGUGUGACUAGAGUCGUCACUCGACCUUUGACCCUUGCAUGCCAACGCAAUAGAAUGCUAAUUAAAUCACCAGCAUCUCAUGAGUUAACGUUGAUAGGACAGGUCAUGUAUCACAUGAAUGACAUCCUCCUGGUCUUAGUUUUAGGUCAGCGAUGUCACGUGAGGGAUAAAGUGUGAAAAGGUUAAUGACUCUGCUGGUCGGGUGUGCUGACUUGUGGACUCAGUUGCCGUCCAUGUCUGACUUACAAACAAAAACACCUUAACACUAAAGUACACAAUUACAGGAUACACAUAUCUAAUGAGAAUUGGUAAUGACAGGAUUUUUAAUGCUCAAGACAUCGUGGACAGCAAUACAUAAUGAAGGAUAUCUCCCUGCAAUGUCAUCUGAUUCGUCGUGCUUUGUUUUUCACUGGAAUACCGAAUGUAGCCAGGAUAUGAUACAUGCAUUUUGUAAAUCAUUAGCUUAAUGUUUUUCUAAGAAAUUUUGGCAGUCUAUGCCUCUCGACAAUUCUUUUCGAUUACUGAGCAUUUUUAAAAUUUCUUCGAGACAGACUUUCACCACUGCAACAACACCAAUCCCAGAGAGGAGCAAUGUGAGUGCCCUGAUUAUGUAGACAUAUAACCAACCGCCUGUCACGUGUUUUGUGAUGUGACAGCGUGUUUGUGUUAUUUUAGGCUUUUAGUUGUAAGCUGCUUAUUCGAUCAACGAAGAGCAGCAACUGCUGACCACAAGCUUUUUUUUUUAAUUACUGGUGAGGAGGCAGUCGAUCUGUUUAUGGGGAUGUAAAAAGCAAUUGUGAUUGCGAGAAAACAUUUCGAAAGUAUCGAUUCGUUAAAUAACGAGAAUUUAAGGUGAACAACAGAAUUAACAUCUCAACGAGGAGGUUUUGAGAGGGUUUGUAAAGCUGAAAUGGCUAAACAACUGCUUUAAAAAAAAAUUAAAUUGUUCUUCAUAUUUUCUAGCUGAAGGAUAGAAGAUUAUCUGUUUCGUAUGUUUAUGAUAUCAUAUCUUUGUGUACACUUUCUAUCAACAAAAGUAAACUUAUCAUCAUAUUACAAUGUAUCACUGCAUUGUUAUCUUACUUGAAGCAGAAAGAUGUAUAUUCUUUUUUGCCGCUGUUGUUGACUGUGAUAACCUACAAAAAACAUAUAUACAUGUAUACAUAGCACAUAUUUACAAAUUUAUGUCCAACUUUAUUAAACAUUUAUAUCUAUGGCAUUAUAUUAGUAUUUUAAAUGUUACACACCUUCAUUCCGUUAUUUUGCGGCGUUGAGAUACCUGUAGUCAACAGCAUGAAUGUAGGGGAAUUGUCAUAAAGACAGGUAGCCAUGUGUUUGAUGUUGAUUAGUUAUGUAUAUAUUUGGCAUCCUCUUUGUGCACAUUUGAUUCUGGUUUUUCGGGUAUACAUUAUUUUUUGUUUAUUCACCUUUGAUUCUUGCUAAUCAUGCAAACAAUUUAACAUUGUAUUAAUGCACCUUUAUAAACAUAGAAAUGUAUAGUGUUUAUCAUACUUAUGUGUCAUUGAUUUUGGCAAAUCCUGCACAUGAUCAGAGUCUUAUGAAUAUUUGGACCUGGUUAAUCAUGUAUGCACCUGUAAAUUGUCUUGUUUACUCACUUGGAGCCAUAGUUAUGAACCAGAGGUACUUUCCUACCACCAGGUAUCUCCAUUAAAUAUUUACAGAUCCUCUGUAGCCAUGGCAGUGGACACUAGAGUGCGAUGUUUGGACCUGUCGCCGACCAUCUAGGUCUGUACUUAUUUCCCAUCAAUACCAACUGGGGUAGCAGUACUUCUGUUUCAUAACUUCGGAUUUUUUGGGGCAUUUGUGGCCUUGGUAGGUGGACGCUAAUCUAUCCUACUACGAUAAUCACUGAUAGAUCGAAAAUAAGCUUGUAUCACUUCAAACCUUUGAGCACCUGAUCUUGAUGGGGAGACUAUUUUUGCCAGAAAAUUACGGGUUAAUUAAUUAGGACCGGUAAUGAGCAGUAUAGCUUUGUUUGCAAGUAACCCCUCUUUCCUCCUUCCUUUUUCCUUCUUCUUUUGCGCAUAGGAUUCUGCGCACUUCGGGGAAGUGAGAAUACCUGUCUCUGUAACUGCUGACGUCAUUUCCGUUUGUCUAUUUAACUGACGUGGAUACUGCUGUGCUUUCAUUGGUUAAAGUCACGGCGUUUAUUUUUGAUGUAAGCGACUUUGUAUUGCUGUGGGUCUUUAUUAUUGAAACACAUCUGUUGUUUUUGAUGUAAGCGAGAUGCUAAAGCAGCAGCAAAUCGUGUAAUAUUUUUGAAUGUUUACCACACAUAAAAACACCAACAAAACAGCACCCUAAACUAUAUAAAUAAUCAUGGCACCACAGUAAUAGGAAAAUAAUUGUAAUAGGAAAAUAAUUGUAUAAAAUGUUUGCAAUCUGUAGGUUGUACAGAAAAAGCAGCUGUCCAAAGUUUUUUCGAGUAAUAAUAUAAUGAACUAUAACGACUAUAAUUCUGUAGACUAAUUAAGCCACCAUGCAGUGUUUAACACACAGACUGCUUUUGGACAAAGUUUUUAUGGGCGAAUUUAAGAACCCAUUUGGUCUAUUGAACAAAGUUUCCAAAAUAAAAGACUGGAAUGCAGUGAUGAAGUUCUAAGUAGUUUUCUUUGUUAAAGGUAGUGAUAAAAUCUAGACUGUUGGGAUUACCAGGACAACCUAAAACUAUUUUUGAAUAAAUUAAAUAUUUUCCGUAGCAAACUAAUCGAAUGUUUGAAAUGUUGAGAGACAAAAGCUUUUACUGCUUUAAGUACAUUUUUUGAUCCUCCAACCCCAGACAGCUCUUUAGGACUGUAGAAUGACUUGAAUGUAAAGUCGUCUUGUCUAUUGUAGUUUUUCCCCAUGUUUUGCAAUUUUUAAUCUUUUUAAUAUAUAAAAAUACUGUAUAAAUACACACAAUAAUUAUAUUCUCUUAGCGGAAAAGACAUUUCUGAAGACUUUGCUUACAUUAUUCGGCAGCUGCGCUGGUCGUCUGUCGAGAUAUGCUGAGGUUUUCUUGUAUGUCUUCAGAAAUGUCUGCCGUGUUUUGUAUUCCAUAGACAUGGUGAAUAUUGCUGGUUAACAUUUUUGUCCAAAGCUGCUGAACGUAUAAUAUUGACAUGGCUGUGUUAUACCUUUACUUCCUUAAUAUACACACAUGUACAUCCGUCCAUUUAUCCAUCCGUCCUGUUGUCCAUCCACUGUGACGCUGUGCACCUAUUUAUUCUGUUCCUCUUUCCCAACAGUUCUGUGAAAGUUUUAAAAAUAUAUACAAUUCUCGUACAUUUUUUUUCUAUCUUCUGUUUGUUGCAAUCCUGCUUUUUCUGUGAAUGAUUAUUUUAUCCCUAUCCUAAAUGUUUGUUUUUAAUAGUUACAACCCUUCAGCUUCUUUAAUCCUACUCCCUUUAAGUAAUGUUAUUUCCAUACCCACUCUCUCUUUCAAUCCCCACCCUUUCAGUGCAUAGUUAUUUUAAUUAUAUAUUCUCCAUCCCAUCUGGUUUCCGGAAAGUUCUGUAUAAGCUUUAAACCCAGCUCAUCUCACCAAACUCUUUGUGUUAUCGCUUCUUGACACACCAGUGGUUUCAUAGAAAUAUUUUCAAAGAUCUGCUGCACCUCUAGUAAAUAUGGAGUCUCUGGUACAUGUAGCUGGUCUAAAACAUUGUCAGGACGCUUGUGAGCCAUGUUACAACAGCAUGUCAUCCUCAUAUUGCAGGACUGAUGUGGUAUUUCCACACAAAAGGCACUGAUGUACUUCCACUGGACGGUCCUGACUGAAGUAAUGUCUUGCACUAUUCUCCACCAUGUUUGUGCAAACAAUAUUUUAGGUCUGAUUUUUGUCCCUUGGAUGCCAUUCAUGCGUAGCACCUGAGUUGUUUUUUUUUGUCUGAUGUUUAUCUUAAUAUGAGUUUUCUUCUAUUUAGUGACUUUUUUCUUAACAACAUUCAGUAGUGGUCUUGGCGGCUACACCACAUGCCCAUCAAAUGAUUGAACAUCCCAACAGGUCCUCUCUGUGGAGCCAGCGGUGCUUGCUUCGUUUUGUUGCUCUCCAUGGGCUGAUUGAUGCUUACAUGACAAUAAUUCAGAGUCCAGUCAAAGGUUGCCGUCAACCGGAAGUGUGUUGUUUGUUUAAUUCUGCUGUCGGCUGUUACAUGCACACAAUUGGGAAUCUCUUGUGAUUUUCCUCUUUGAUUUUGAUUGGACACGUUUGAAAUGGCUCCAGAAUACUCUUUACAAAAGCGAUCGCUAACUUGAAGACGAAUUUAAUUUUUUUUCUGUAAUUGUUUGAUCUUUAGAUUAUGUCAGUACAAUAAACUGUAUUUCUAGAUCAUU